UGCCCCGCGCAAGGUGGAGGCGGCCACCUGGCCGCCCGCGCGCGCGGGGCGGCGCUAGGACCAGAGCGGCGCACCUGUUGGCUGGCUCCCCGGGCCCCGCCCGCCCUCCCCCGAGUGCCCGGCCCGCCGAGUGCCCGAGCGGCGGGGACAGUGCGAGCCGAGGGCAUCGGCGAGGCGGUGUUGGCGCGCGGCCCCGGGAGCACCAUGGCCGAGCUGCUGCGGAGCCUUCAGGAUUCCCAGCUGGUCGCCCGCUUCCAGCGCCGCUGCGGGCUCUUCCCGGCGCCGGAUGAAGGCCCCCGCGAGAACGGCGCGGGCCCCGCGGAGGGCGCGCCGCGGGCGCCGGGGCUCGGGCAGCUCCCUGCGGCCAACGGCAAGGGCGGCGGGGGGCCGGCCAACGGGCUGCGGAGAGUCUCGGCCCCGCAGGCUUACGUACAGAAGUACAUUGUGAAGAAUUAUUUCUACUAUUACCUAUUCCGAUUUUCUGCUGCUCUGGGUCAAGAAGUCUUCUACAUCACAUUUCUUCCGUUCACUCACUGGAACAUUGAUCCUUAUUUAUCCAGAAGACUGAUCAUCAUAUGGGUUCUGGUGAUGUACAUCGGCCAGGUGGCCAAGGACAUCUUGAAGUGGCCCCGCCCCCUCUCCCCUCCGGUGGUGAAGCUGGAGAAGAGGGUGAUUGACGAGUACGGAAUGCCGUCUACCCACGCCAUGGCAGCCACCGUCAUCUCCUUCACCCUCCUCCUCUCCACUAUGGACAGAUACCAGUAUCCCUUUGCUCUGGGACUGCUGAUGGCUGUGGUGUUUUCCACCUUGGUGUGUCUCAGCAGACUCUACACCGGGAUGCACACGGUGCUGGAUGUGCUGGGUGGCAUCCUGGUCACUGCGGUCCUCAUCGUCCUCACCUACCCUGCCUGGACCCUUAUCGACCACCUGGACUCGGCCAGCCCCCUCUUCCCCGUGUGUGUCGUCGUGGUGCCCUUCUUCCUGUGUUACAACUACCCUGUGUCUGACAGCUACAGCCCCACCAGAGCGGACACCACUACCAUUCUGGCCGCAGGGGCGGGGGUGACUCUCGGGUUCUGGAUCAAUCACUUCUUCCAGCUCGCGUCCGCGCCCAUCGAGGCUCUCCCUGUCGUUCAGAACAUCCCGCCACUCACCACCAACAUGUUGGUCUUGGGACUGACCAAAUUUGCCGUGGGGAUCGUGCUGAUCCUUCUAGUGCGUCAGCUGGUACAAAACCUCUCCCUGCAGGUGCUGUACUCCUGCUUCAAGGUGGUCCCCAGGAACAAGGAGGCCAGGCGGAGACUAGAGAUCGAAGUGCCUUACAAGUUUGUCACCUACACGUCUGUGGGACUCUGUGCUACUACCUUUGUGCCCAUGCUGCACAGGUUUUUGGGACUGCUCUGAACCUCAAAGAGUUGGAAGGGAGUCCCCUGGGCCAGGGAGCCCAAACAGGAAAGGGGUGAGGUGGGCAAGUUUUGACAAUACAUUUUUCUUUAAAAAAAAAAACAAAAAACUCCUAAGUCACAUGUCCGUUUUGCUGAUAGCUGAGAUCAGGGUUGCUGCUGUGUGAAAGGAAGUACUGUGUCCUAGGACCAUCAGUCUGUAAGCAUCUGGCUGCAGGGGAAGCCAGGCUAAACCCACAGUCUGUUCUUUGAGGGUCUCCCGCCCUGUUAGACGGACUUUGGGUCUAGUCGUGGGCCGGAAGGAACUGUGGCCUGGUUCGGGCGAUCCAGAAGAGACAGGCAUGAUCUGAGAGGCUGGAGGUCAGUGUUUCUCUUCCGUUACGACCUUGCCUGGCACAGAGCCUCAUGUCCAAACUUGGGACUAGGGUCCGGAGAACGGGUGGCGUCGUGUAGAACUGCCUUCCUUGGACAGGGUGACAUUUUUGUUAUGACUCGACUGUGCCCACACAGGUGGCAAGAGCGUCGCGGACCGCACCAUGGGGUGGUAAGAGACGGGAGCACCCGGGGGAGAUCGUGGGCAGGAGCCUGUUUCCCUCCGGAGUCCUGCUUUCUGGGGGCAUCCGCUCGUCCGCGUCCGCGUCCGUGUGUGUUGCAGAACUCCGGGUCGCGUUUCCCCACUCUGCCGAUCCAGGAAACCCACUAGCUGCCCGCACCUCUGUACGUCGGGGUUCCUGGGUGUCCUCUCUCCUGCUUCGCUGCAACUUGGGGCGAGCCCUUGGCCCGUAUUUGGGUGUUUCAUGCUUCCCUACAAACUGGGGAGGUGCCACCAUCUGCCUGCGAGAGCGGCCCCAUACAGCCCGUGAACUGAACCCUCCCUGGGCCCCGACAGGGAGGGAAGUGGCCUCCGGCUGUUGCUCCUGCAUUUCUGUUAACUUUCUGUAAACCCAUUUUUUCACCUACUAGAUAGUACCGGGGGCUCCCUUUCCAUCUCCCUACCUCCUGCCUCGUGGCCGUGUUAAUUAAUGCACUUAAUGUAAUUAAUGCAAGAGCGGGGACAGCCUCUCUUGGGAAGACAGGCUGACCAAACACAACACAGCCUUUCAGCCUGCGUGUGUCCUCACGGGGCGCAGGAAGGCCGUGCCAGGGGAGCACGCCCUCCAGGGGCACAUCUUCCGCUCUGAAGGACCAGGAACACGCAUCAACAGAGAUGCGUGGUCAGGAAGUCUCUUCUGCAGUGUGGGACCUGGGCCACUGAAACCAGGGACUUGAAUCCCAGCACCUGGUUUCUGGGCACUUACUUCAGGGUUGGGCUCUUCCCUCUGCCUCCAGUGUGAAAACAGAAAACCCCGUUGGUCGUGAUUUCAAACACGGCCCCUGAGCUUUCUGUCGAGGUCCCCUUUGCUAUUUGGCUCAGUGCUCAGGUCUACCAAGAACAAUGUUGAGGAAACCAUUCUGCUUUUCCUGCGAAUCCUUCUGACAUUUUUCGUAGUUAGAGGAGGCAGGAAUCAAAAGGACCUUGCCAUUUAUUUGACUGUCUUAGAGCAAACUCUGCCUAGUAUUUGUGGCAACG